GGAAAAUAUGCCGAUCCAUUACACGAAAAUCCCUCGAGCGAACGUGACCGGGCUGCAACCCUUCCAUGCCGCAGGGUGCCGUUGGAUAUGUUGGUAUUGAUGAGCCGAACAUGUGGGGACACCCACUGGGUCCGAGGAUGUAUCCGGCGGAGCAUAUCGAUGACUACUCGAUACAGCAGCGUACCGUUGAUCCGGACUGGAGUCCGCCGCCAGACUAUGGCGGCAGGUUCUGGGAUGAACGACUGCGCCCUUACGGAUACUGGGGAUAG